GCUAAUAAACUGAGGCUCAACCCAGACAGGAUGAAGAUGCUGUUAGUGGGUGGUUCUUCUGACCGGAUGGUGGAUGCCCAACCUGUCCUGGAUGGGUUUGCACUCCCCUUGAAGGAGCAGAUUCAAUGCUGGUUUUAACCUAUAAAGCCUUACAUGGCUUGGGACCACAAUACCUGAUGGAACGCCUCUCCCGACAUGAACCCACCCGAACACUACGCUCAACAUCCAAGGCCCUCCUGCAGGCCCUUGAGAGCUGCUCCCUACGAAACAUGCCUCGUGGCGAAAGCUGUGGGAGUCCCAGAGCUGGCCUGGUUUACUCCUCUUCCCUCAGGGGCUGCACCAUGGCCUCAGAGGCACCGUCCGGAUUGUCUCUUCUCUGGGAUAGAGUGGAAAGAGCAGCUGGGCAGCCCCAUGAGCAUCUGUUGCCCUUCCAGGAUCUGGUGACCUUUGAGGAGGUGGCCGUGUAUUUCACGGAGGAGGAAUGGGCCCUGCUGGAUCCUGGCCAAAGAGCUCUGCACAGGGAAGUCAUGGAGGAGAAUUAUGAGACGGUGGCCUCUCUGGGAUACAUCUGGGGGGUCAAGGCUGAGGGAGAACCAUCCGAAGUAUCACUGGGAAAAGCUGAGGAGCAGGUGCAGGAGCAGAAACUGAGGAGUCAAGAUGGAGCAAAGAGACAAGAGGAGAAACAGACUCACACAGGGGACAAACCCCAUAAAUGCUUGGAGUGUGGAAAGAGCUUCAGUCAGAGUGGCACCCUUACUUUGCAUCAAAGAACUCACACAGGGGACAAACCUUAUAAAUGCUUGGAGUGUGGAAAGAGCUUCAGCUGGAGUAGCUCCCUUAGGGUGCAUCAAAGAACUCACACAGGGGAUAAACCUUAUACAUGCUUGGAGUGUGGAAAGAGCUUCAGUUGGAGUAGCACCCUUAGUACACAUGAAAGAACUCACACAGGGGACAAACCCCAUAAAUGCUUGGAGUGUGGAAAGAGCUUCAGUCAGAGUGGCACCCUUACUUCGCAUCGAAGAACUCACACAGGGGUCAAACCUUAUAAAUGUUUGGAGUGUGGAAAGAGCUUCAGCUGGAGUAGCGCCCUUAGGGUGCAUCAAAGAACUCACACAGGGGACAAAGCUUAUAAAUGCUUGGAGUGUGGAAAGACCUUCAAUCAGAAUAGCCACCUUACUUUGCACCAAAGAAAUCACACAGGGGACAAACCUUAUACAUGCUUGGAGUGUGGAAAGAGCUUCAGUUGGAGUAGCACCCUUAGUACACAUAAAAGAACUCAUACAGGGGACAAAGCUUAUAAAUGCUUGAAGUGUGGAAAGACCUUCAGUCGGAGUAGCACCCUUACUUCACAUCACAGAACUCACACAGGGGACAAACCUUAUACAUGCUUGGAGUGUGGAAAGAGCUUCAGUCAGAGUAGCCACCUUACUUCGCAUCAAAGAACUCACACAGGGGACAAACCUUAUACAUGCUUGGAGUGUGGAAAGAGCUUCAAUCACAGUGGCCACCUUACUUCGCAUCAAAGAACUCACACAGGAGACAAACCUUAUAAGUGUUUCGAGUGUGGAAAAAGCUUCAAGUGGAGUAGCGCCCUUACGGUACAUCAAAGAACUCACACAGGGGACAAACCUUAUACAUGCUUGGAGUGUGGAAAGAGCUUCAGUCGGAGUGACACCCUUACUUCACAUCACAAAACUCACACAGGAGACAAAUGUUAAAAUGCUUGGAGUGUGGAAGGAGCUUAAGCAGAGUUCAGCUCUUUCUGUGCAUCAAAGGAUCCACACAGGGAAGCAAGGCUACCAACAGGAUUUUCUGGGCUCAGUACUCUCAGUACUCUAUGCAGACUGGGCCCUCUGCUGCACUCCUCAAAGACACAAAUAAUCCAGUGGGAACACUCAAAUAACAGCUGGUAUAGCAUAGUGGGGAGGAGAGCCUGGCUGGGAGUCCAGAGUCUGUGAAUUCAAAUCCCCGCUUGUGUCUCCUGGGCGUCAAGGGCCAGCUAAAGAUCACCCCACAGGGAGUGGCUCGGGGGUUAUGUGCCCUGCCACCUGUGCAGCCGUAGGCAAGCUGCAUAGUCCCACGGAGCCCAGUUGCCCCCCAGCUGGCAGUUGUGGACAAGGAAGAGGCUGGCUUGUGCACUGGGGAGGACUAUCCUCAGAGGGAGGCAAUGGUAAACCCCCUCUGAAUACCGCUUAUCAUGAAAACCCUAUUCAUGGGGUCGCCAUAAGUUGGGAUCGACUAGAAGGCAGUCCAUUCCCAUUUCAACAUUCAAAUAAUAAGAUAUCCAACAGAAAGAAUAUCAACAGGUGAAGCUUUCCCCAUAAUUCUAUACUAUAAAAAGGCAGGUAUUACUCCGCCUGCCACAUUAUUAUAUAGCCAUGAGAGUGGCUGUAUACUAUAGCCAGCAUGGAUUUUUCGCAUUCCGCAAUGAUAAAUUGAAAAUACCCCCCACGUCAUUCUGAUGCUUCCCAUAAGUUCAUUUCAAAACAAAACCUUACAUAACUUAUAGUCCUGAACUCAGAAACGCUUGCUUAACAACCCUUUAAGUUUUCAUGGCAGUACAAGAGAGAGGGCAUUCUCAGUGGCGGCCCCCACUCUUUGGAACUCCCUCCCACAAGAUCUCCGGCACGCCUCUUCCCUAAAUGUAUUUCGGAAAGCCUUAAAGACCUGGCUCUUUCAGCAGGCCUUCACGGUAUCCAGGGAGGGUUAAUUAUUAUAACUGUAAUGCCUCCUGCCCAGUUUUAAUAUUGAUGUUGCAGAUAUGUUGUUUUUAUAUUUUAUCACUGUAUUUUAUUAAUUGUAUCUUAACGAUGUUGCAAGUUGCCUAGAGUGGCCAUUGGCCAGAUAGGCGACAAAGAAAUUAAAUUUAUUAUUAUUAUUAUUAUUAUACACAGAACAGUCAGAGAAUCAAGAGUUCAAAAUAUAAAAUGAGGAAAAAAACAGACCUGGACUUUUUUCUGUCAGAGAUCUCAAUUUCAUGAAAUUAAUUAAAAAUCAGCCAUGUUCACAGAGUACCUGUAAUCCUCUUACUGACCUUGCCCCAUUCUCUGAACUUCACCUUCUGCAGUUUUAAAAAUAAAAUGCCUGGCUGAUUUUUAAUUAAUUUAAGAAAUUUUACAUUGAACUGAAUGACAAUGUCGGGCAUGCUCAGUAAGAACCAGCUGUCAGUGUUCUAAAGCCAGACUCGCAGCUGAAACGUUUCUAAAGAUGUUUUGUUAUAAUGUAUUUUAAAUCUGUUUUAUGAUGUUUUAGAGUUUUUGGUGCUUUUGUUUGCUGCCCUGGGCUCGUUCUGGGAGGAAUGGCGGGAUAUAAAUCAAAUAAAUAAAUAAAAAUGGGGGCAGUGUCAGUGAUGUUCUCUACAGUCAAAGGGAUUGGUACAAGGGGAACGCCUCCCUCCCCAUGGACAGGGAGUAGGGAGCAUAUCCAACAGUUACUCAUAUUAUAGAUGGAAGCAAUUCUUGUUGGAUUUAAGCAAGCUUGCAUGCCCCCCCCUUUCAUAGGGAGAUGCUCCCUCAAACCAGUAUUGGGGAUAUCUCUAUAUGUUUGUUUACCAUGAUGUAACUUCCUCAAAGGGUGGGGUUAUUUAUUUCUUCCUCCUCCUUUGUUAGGGGAUAUUGAUCCUUUUUGCAUAUUCUGCAUUAACCUCUAGCAGACGGAACAGGCAGACGUUCCUUCCAGGGGCAUCCUCACCAAUGACUGAAAAUGGACUGAGACUACAGAUUAUUUUCUAUCUAAGCUAGAGCCUAUGUUGUCUUAAACAUAUGAAGGUUGUGAGUAAAUACUCUUUAUUCUUUUUACCUAAGAAGAUUGUCUCUGUGACUUCUUUGAUUAACUAGUGUGCGUGGGAGGAAGGUGUGGGACUGGUUUAUUCUCAUUCCACUGAACGGAACAGGCAGGAAUGGGCCCUUUAUAAAAGAAAUUGAUGCCAAAAACACUGGGAUGUGUUAGAGACACUUGAGAACAACAUUUAGGAACAAAAACCAUUCCAAUAGGAUUUUUAUUAAUCCUUUCACAACCAAAAUGCCCUGCGGAACAAAAUGAAACAGCCCAGAACAGCAACUUCCCAGCGAGCCAGACCCACCAAAUUCACCAGUCCCACAUGACUACAUGGGAUGCAUGCAAUAAGACACAAAACCUCCACGAAACCACGUUCCGAUACCCGUUCCAGGCUAUAAUACGCUUUUACGUAAAACAGCCUGGAAUGGCGACUUCCCAGCGAGCCGGACCCACCAAAUUCACCAACCACACAUGUUGCUGCCUCUCCUUUUGUUGGGAAAUGGGAGAUAACACAGGAUGACCCAGGAACCCCUGGGGUGAUCAGCAAUACCCUUUCUUGCUGUUUGUAGGUCCACUAAGCAGCACUAUUAGUGCUGCUACCAGGUUGCGAAGGGCUGGUGAUUUGGGGAGAGAGAGAGAUUGGAGGGGCAAGUCGGCUGGCUUUUACUCAUGGCCUUUCUGCUGUCGGUAAUGGGAGAAGACACUCCUUGCUGCCACUGAGCCACCUCCCCAGUGUAAAUAUAGCAUACCUGGGCUGCUGCCUUUUUGGUCUGAAAAAAGAAGGGAUCAUCCUGUCUCUGCAGAGACCAGCAGAUCUUAUAGUGCUCCUAGUGGGAAGAAGAGUAAACUGCAGCUAUUCUCUAGCACCAAAAGCUACCUGUAGUUGCAUUGAAUACUAGUAUAGCUUACUACAAAAACCUUGCUAGGAAAGAAAAACAACAAUGUACUAUAUUGUUUUCACACACAUACCUCAUUAAUCAUUACUAGAGCUGCCAACUAAGUAAUAAUAUUAAUUGGAGCAAUUUGUUUUGCAGUUAAAUUUGCAUACUAUCAACAUUUCAUUCAAGAUGUUUUG